AUAUGUCAAAACUCAAAAUGUGAUUGUGAAUUUGUGAAAACAAAACACAACGCAAAAUCCAUUGCAGUAUUUGUGACGCGCAAAACAAUUUUAUUUUUAUAAAAACAUAAUGUAUUUUGAUUUUUUUUAAUAUUGUAAUGUAACCACUGCUGUUAUUAUACAUUCUGCUAUCACCUAAAUUGUUUGUGAAGCGAACGGAAAAAUGGAUGGACCUUCUUUAGAACACAGUGAUUCCGAUUCUGGUGAAAGUUGGACUUUACUUGAAUCCAAUCCCGCCUUGGCAGAAGAAGCGCCGGAUUUCGCAGAAACGUUAGUAGAAAGUCCUGUACCAGACAAUCAAGAAAAAGAUGAUGAUACAGAUGGCAUAUCAAUCAUCACCGACAGUGAUCACGAAACACCAUCCCCAUAUCAAAUGAACUAUGAUAAUUUUCUGUCUGAAGAAGUCCAUCCUAAUGAUCCAGAGAUUUCACAGUAUGUUUCCGUCAAUACACCUCUAACUCAUUUAAAUAACACAAAUGAGACCUUAAGGGAUGAAGACGAUUUCUUGGGAGAUAAUGGUGGAAAACACAGAAUAUAUGUGCACAGAAGAAAUAAAAGGCUCAGCACUGUCCUCAAUAUAAUUGUCCUGGGAAGUGUCAUUACUGCAGCUGGUGUUGCCAUUGGUCACAUGUGGGGAGCUAAAAAUGACUGUGCAAUUCAUACAACGCCUGCUGUCAAUAAAAUAUUGUCAAAUUUAUAUAAACUACAAGAAGAAAAUGCUUAUUUGCGCAGUAAAUUAAAGGAUUUGAGCAGUCUGUAUCAAUCACAACAAAAGUUACCACACACAACCAAACAAAAUAGAUGCAAAAAAAUGUUUGAAGAACCGUUGACUAAUAAAAAUGUGAAUAUUCCAACAAAAUGUGUUGAUGAGAAAAGUGAUAAUUUAGAAAGUCAUUUGGUGGAACCUUCAUAUGAAAAGGAAUUUAUUGUAGACAUUAGUAAACUAGAAAAUGUAUAUAAAGAAAAUAAAGGUUGGUUAGAUGAAGAAAUAACAAAAAGAUUAAAGUUAGAGGAAGAAAUGUGGAGCAACAAUAUUAAUAAAUACAUAAAAAACGAAAAACUUGGAAAAUCAAAUGUUGAUAUUGCAAACAAUGACACAGUUGCAACUGCACCAGAGGACAAAAAUCAAAAUACAACAAAAGAAAUAAACUUGCUUUCAGAUGAAUUGCCACAAAAAGAAAUAAAGUAUUCAGAAAAAGUUAGUUAUGCUGAUUCUUUAAAAACUGAUCAACAGGAUAAAAAGAUCUAUAAAAGAGAAAUUUCAAAGAAUUUUGAAAAUCAUACUGAUAAAUACAUUAAUAAAAAUAAAUUCAAAAGUAUUAAUGAUAAAAGUACAGACUAUCCAUUAAGUGAAGAGGAAAUAAAAAAAGAUGAUAGAUAUACUGGAAAUAAAAAAGAGAAGAAAAAGUACAAUCGUAACAAGACAUUCAAAAAACAAAAGAGGCAGAAUAAGUAUGAGCAGUGGGAAAUGAAUGGUGGCUUUAUUAAAGACUAUGAUGACUUAUCCCUUUCAUCACAAGAUGCUGAUCUUACAUCUAAUAAUUCUGAUCAAGUAACACUUAGUGAUGUUCCAAAGUUAAAUAAAAAUGUUGAUAAAAAUACUGAAACAAACAAGAUAGAACCAAAAAUCAGAUCUCAAAGAAAUAAAGAAAAGUUACAUAAAAAAGAAAAUGAGAAGCAAGAUGACUGGUAUGAAAAAAGGGUGGCUUUCCGCAAUCAAGCAAGGAAGAAAGUGGAACAAGCGUUAUUUGGAGAAAUGGCGCCGAAUACAGCGCGCUGGUAUUUCAAGCGAAUGCAGAAACGAGAGCAGUGCCGUGUCAAGGAUAAUAGCACUAAUAGAAAAUCUUUUCAAAAACGUGAUAUGAACUAUAAAAUGAAACAUUAAAUUUACUGCAAAUAAAUACCUAAGAGUAUUGUAUCUAUUUAGAAA